GUCAGCUAAAAGGAAUGAGGAAAACUCACACUUAUUUCUCUUGUCAAUUAACAUCUCAUUUUUUUGUUAUAUAUUCUGUGGUAACUGUAUUGCCACUAAUAACCAAGAUGCUAGCUGAUUACAACUGGCUAAAAAGAUCUUUUUAUAUACAAAUAUUUGUGUAUAUUUUGAAUUGAUAUGGUAAAUUCAUUUGUGUCCAUUUGAAUAUUAUACAAUAAACAGAUACCUACAGAUUCCCAUCUUCAUCCUUUGUGGUCUUUGCAUAACAUUCUUGACAGAUCGUUUACAUUUCUAUUUACCUGUAAUGAACUCUGUAGAUCCUGUGAAAUAUUAUUUUGUUUAAUCACUUGAGUCCCUAACAUCAAACCAUCAACGUUGACCAGUCUCUUUAGUUUCCGCGACUUGGAGCUCCUGACACCAGGGGUUAGCCUUCCCCCAGGCUGUUCUGCUAGAGCAUUACUCUAUAAUGACUUUGAAACAUAUUUUAAGGAUUUUGUUUAUUGACCAGUCUUAUUGCAAAGUUUGAGCCCGCCAGCCUUGGUUAACCUGUGUGUAGACGGCUUACUGUUAACUAGUUGUAGUGAAUGUAAGAUUGCCGGUAGCAUUUAAGCUUCUUACUGAUGUGUGCUGGUGGGACAGUUUUUGUACACUGUAUUUACUGAAAUUUUGCUUUUUUAAUUUUACAGAUACUUUAGAAUUCAAAUGUGUUUUCUGCUUCUGUAAGAAUGUGGGAGGGUUUUUAUGGCAUUCCAUUGAUUUCAGAUCUUGCUUGAGGUUGACUUUAAUAAAUUGUCCAGGAUGUUCUACUCAAGUAUUUGGGCUUGUCCUUUGUAAUUUCAUGGUACAGUUUACUAAGAAAUAAUACACAAAAAUACCCACCCCCAGCCCUGUUUUUUCCGUUUAAUAAAAAUGCUGCUAAGAAAUGGUUUCUUUAAAGUGGGCUUUCUGGUUUGCUUUUGUAGAGGAAGGGUCUCUGGAUUUUGGCGCUCCUUCCUGUCCUGUAAGCUGAUGGGGCACAACGUGGUUGGUGAAGGACACUUUGAUCCCACUGCUUUGAGACCCAGUACUCUAGACAAAAAGAAAAUGCGCUCUCGGUUUCCUGCUUUCCACGGCCCCGCUGGUACAGUCCCCUCGGAGUUCGCCAGGUGGCGCUGGGCCCCGGGCGGGCGGAACCACUGCGCGGGCAGAGCCACGUCAGCGUCUGGUCCGAGUGGCGGGAUGGGGACAGCGGCCGAGCUGGGUGUGCGGGCCCUGCUCUUUGUGGCCUCCGUGCUGACCGAGCUGCUCCCUCCCUUCCAGCGGCGGAUCCAGCCCGAAGAGCUCUGGCUCUACCGGAACCCGUACGUGGAGGCGGAAUACUUCCCCGCCGGCCUCAUGUUUGUCAUUGCAUUUCUCACUCCACUGUCCCUGAUCUUCCUAGCCAAGUUUCUGAGGAAAGCUGACUCCACCGACAGCAAGCAAGCCUGCCUCGCUGCCAGCCUUGCCCUAGCUCUGAAUGGUGUCUUUACCAACACAGUAAAACUGAUAGUGGGGAGGCCACGCCCAGAUUUCUUCUACAGAUGCUUCCCGGACGGGCAGGCUCAUUCUGAUUUGACUUGCACAGGGGACCAGGAUGUGGUGAAUGAGGGCCGUAAGAGCUUUCCCAGUGGACAUUCUUCCUUUGCAUUUGCUGGUCUGGCCUUUGCCGCCUUCUACGUGGCAGGGAAGUUACACUGCUUUACGCCACAAGGCCGGGGGAAGUCCUGGAGGCUUUGUGCCUUUCUGUCACCUCUACUCCUUGCAGCUGUCAUUGCACUGUCCCGCACAUGUGACUACAAGCACCACUGGCAAGACGUGCUCGUUGGAUCCAUGAUUGGAAUGACAUUCGCCUACACCUGCUACAGGCAGUACUAUCCGCCUCUGACUGACACAGAGUGCCAUAAACCAUUCCAGGACAAGCACAAGCCGCACCCUUCACAGAAGAAGCCCAGUGAGUCUCACCAUUUGGAUAUUUAGCUGAAUCUACCUCAGUGGAGAGCAAGCAAAUCAGCCCUCCUGACUGUACUCCAUGCGCUAGCCAAGGGUUUCUGGCUUUUACCUCUUCCAAGGUCAAAGUGAAGACAGCCACACUGGAUCGCUGCUCCCACAGGACUGUGCAGCUUUGCCCUACUUCUGAGUUGAGGCCUGAGGAAACACUGUCUGCCCUGGCCUGACAAGGGGCUCUUUCAAUAGUUCUCUCACUAGGUUUAAUCUGGUUCAUAGGACUAGUAAUGUUGAUGUAAAUGUCACCCCUGAAGAGACCUUUUCACAGAGGUGGGUUUUCAUGACCCCACUUUAUCCUGGAAGGCUUAGUUACCAAACAAUCUCUGUCCCUAAUGAAUAAGGGCAGUACCAGCUAAGCUUUGAUUCUGUUUACUUUUUGUGGUAACAUUCUACUAAGCCUUA